AUGGCGGCGACCCUCCGCGAGGAAGACGACGCAGUAAAUGCUACCCACCCACCGGGCUCAAGGACAGCAGAAGGCGGGGUUACUCGAGUGCCUCGGUCAGGUGCAAAGGCUGUGCCAGGAACCUUUCGGGACAGAACGGAGCGACGGAUUGAGAUUUGCCUAGAUCCUGUCUUAACUCCCGGCGCGGCGCCUGGCCUGCUCCCCUCGCCGCGACAUGACGGGAGCAACACCGACACCAUCGAGCUCCGCGCGCACGACGCCCCCGUCACUUCCGACUUCACUCCCUCUGCAACCACCACCGGGAAUUCAUACCUGCUCGCUGCUCUCUCCCCAGCUUCACCGGCCCCCCCUUCCGUCUCGCCUCUUCCACGCCCCAUUCCUCUUCUUCACUCUGGCUGCUACCGCUGCCUCGCCACAGACCACCAAGUUCGCCAGUGCCGCGACCCUGUCCGCUGCCGCCUCUGCCGCCGCACCGCUUCCGCAACCCCGACGCCCCCGCCCACGCCGCUAAACCUGCCGCCCGUUACGACUGCUUUUGAUCCGCUACGCAUGCUCGCCUCCUCUAGCAGCGGGCCCGCCAUGGACAUUCAGCUCCCCGUGCGGACCCGCGACGCGGCCACGGAUGAGACCCCCUACUUCCUUGGGGAUCUCUUCCGGGAGCCGGUCGACACUGGGAAGCGGCCCGUUCAGGACGGUGCUCGCCGCGCCCCACAAGCUGCCUCGCCCGCCAUCCCGAAAGCCAGGGAUAUCUGCAUGCUCCCCUCAUUCACUUGGCCUUCAACGCCGCAACUGCGCUUUCAACUCCUGCCCUCCUCGCGCGGCGUCGCCUUGCUGCACUUUGGUUCUGCUGAAGCCCGCGAAGCUGCGAUGCACGCCCAACCGAUCCAGCUCAACGGGACAGUAGUUCGCUUGGAGCGCGUCGAGUCUACUGAUGACCGUUUCAUACGUGAGCCAGCCUGGCUCGCUCACGUCGCGGCUUGGAACUUUCCAGAGGAGCACUGGGCUCCGGACAAGGUCAGAGAAAUCUACAAAUGUCUUGGCACUGUUAUGGAGAUAGAUCCUUUCAGCAUCCCUGGUUUCGACAGAUCCUGCAUGCGUUUCGUUCUGGAGCUACAGCACCCACAUGUCCCCGCGCGCAUCGGCGUCCAUCCCCCGAGCGGCCGCGGCAUUGUCCUGCGGCAGAGCAUCCUCUCGCUCUGGCCGCGGGAACAGCAGUUCGACGCCGCCGGGAACUGGAUCCCUUACCACGGCCCUGCACCACCGCCACCGCCUGCUCCAGCUCAUGCCCCUGCCAAUGGCCAGCAACCUGCCCCUGCACCCGCGCGCAACAACCCUCAGCCAGAUGCUCCCGCGCCGCACAUGCCUGCUCCGCCCGGCGCUGGCCACGACCCACAAGACGCUUUGCACCACGCCACCCCUCUGCACCCGGCAGCUUUCCUUGGCGCUGCCAUACUGUGCCACGGUUUCAUCAACGCCUUCCCCCUGCCGCGCCUCCCGCCACUGCCCAUUAUCAUUCACCUGCCGUCCACCGCUGUCCCCGCCCACAGCGUCUGCCGCGCGCAACCGGUUCUCCUGUUCACCUGGCGCGAACGGGAACGCGAUGCGCUCCCGGACGUGCACGCGCCAACACCGCUCCAGAACACACCCCCCCCAGCAGCCGAGGCAGAACAAUCUGAAUGCUGGGAGGGCCAGGGCAAGAACAAGGAACAGCGCACGCCUGGCAGCCAAGGAGAAUGGGAAAUACGUCGAUUCCACUGCCAAGGCAGCGCAGCUCAAAGCCUUGCAGAACAGCCUUUCACUUUGCUCAGUGGCCGUGCAGACACAUGUAGUUAA